AUGGCAGAACGUAAAGUCAUUAACAAGUAUUAUCCACCUACUUUUGAUCCAAAACUCAUUCCGAGGAGGAAAAUUGCAACCACUAAUCAAGUCAAAAUCCGAAUGAUGUUACCAAUGACCAUUCAAUGUACUGUAUGUGGUGAGUUCAUGUAUCAAGGAAAGAAAUUUAAUUCUCGGAAAGAGACUGUUCAUGGCGAAGAUUAUUUAGGCUUGAAAGUAUUUAGAUUUUAUAUUCGAUGCACAAGAUGUGCAAGUGAAGUUACGUUUAAAACAGACCCAAAGAAUAGUGAUUAUGUUGCUGAACAUAAUUGUGUUCGAUCGUAUCCAUCUCAUGCUCGUGUUCAUGAGGAUAUCAAUGCUCAACUUCACGAUCAUGGAGAAGAUGCGAUGAAAAAAUUGGAAAACAAAACUUUGGAUUCGAAGCAAGAAAUUGAAGAUUUGGAUAUUUUGGAUUCUAUUAAAACAAUUAAACAAUUACACAAUAAGAUAUCUGCGGAUUCUUUACUUGAAAAAUUACAAAUUGAACAACAAUUUGAGGAAGAGGAAGCAAAAUCGUCUGCAGAGCAUGAAUUUAAUGAGGACGAAUUGAGGGAAAUUCAGGAAUUUUCGAGAGGUCAUAAGAGAGUGCAGGUGGAGGAUGAUGAUGACUUGGAAGAUGGUAUUCCAUCUCAACAAAAUAACACAGCUGAUAUUCAGUCCGUAUCAGAAACAAGUAGUUCAUCGUCACCUGAAUUAUCGUCCCAAUCGUCGACGACGAAGAAGAGAGACCAGAUUGAAAAUAAUGGAAUGACUAGCAGUAGUUCAGAAGAACUGACCGACAUGUCGAACUCUAAAAAAAGAGAUAGUUCAUUCUUGAAAGAUUUGGAAGUACAAACCGUUCAAAAGAAAAAGAAGAAAAAAUCAAAGAAAGAAGACUCAAAAUCUGCACUUGGUGCUCUUUCGUCUUACUGA